UAGGGUUUGCGGCGGCGAUGAAGAGGCCGCAAGGAGGCGAUGGGGCGAUCUCCCCGCGCGACGAAAUCGAGAUUGUCACGAGUAGCAAGCGCAGGAAGGUAUGGGAUUACGUCUGCAAGAGGCAGCUGCUCGUCCACGCCAAGACGCGGCGGACGACGGUCAUGGUUUUCGGCCGGAAGAUCGAUGUGGUGGUGACGAGCGAUGCGGCGGAGAUUGAGAGCUGGGUCUUGCGGCAGGAGGGGAGUGUCUUCGGGGUGGAUCUCGAGUGGAAGCCGAAUCGCGUCAUGGGGGAGGAGAACAAGGUGGCUCUCAUCCAAAUCUGUGGAGAGACGGAAUGCCUCAUCGUCCAGAUGUGCUACAUCGACCAGAUCCCGGACGCGCUGGUGGAGUUCCUCAAGAACUCGAGCUCCAAGGCCAUGUUUGGCGGUGUUGGUGUGAAGAACGACGCGGAGAAGCUGGAGAGAGACCAUGGCCUGGUGUGCAAAGGCACGGUGGAGCUGGGCGUCCUGGCCACCGAGAAGCUUGGAAACCAGCGGCUUAGAAACCAGGGGCUCAAGAAGAUGGCCAGCAUUGUGAUUGGGCUUGGAAUGGACAAGCCCAAGAGAGUGACGAUGAGCAACUGGGAGAACCUCCACCUCAGCGAUGCUCAAGUGAACUACGCGUGCGUCGACGCUUGGGUCUCGUACGCGAUCUUGCAGAAGCUGCUAUCGUCGUGAUCCAUGGACAGGUUUUUUCUCUCUUUUUUUUCUCUCUUCGAUUGCGAGACUGUAGAAAGAGAGCUGGUGUAACACAGUGGCUGCACAUUUUCGAGCGUGCAGCGAUACUGUUUCCAGCAAUCGUCCCCGAUUUUACGAGGCUGUGAUGAUAGAUCGUGUUGGAAUUCACCAGAUCCUUUUGAGCCUUCGUCUAAGGAUGGAUAUUGCUAGGUACUAGCUCCUGCUCGAUCAACGUCUGUUGUAGGUGCAGGAUGGGACGAGAGGGGAAUUAAAUUGCGCCUCACAGCACACCUGACAAACGGUGGAACACUGGCAUUGUUUUACGCGCCUCACAUUCAAGUCUCGAGGUACAAGCUUUGUUUUCUUUCUCAUUUUAUUCUAUUCUAGAGUUUAGAGAGAGCAGCUGCUGCUGUGCUCUGACUGAUCGGCCCCCCGGGUUUUAAAUCCCUCUGCCUGCUCGCUUUGACUCACUGUCUUUGCUCGCUCUUGUUUUCUUUCUCCCUCAAGGCUCAUCUCGAAAGCGCCGAUGGUGAGGAAUGGAAGUGAACUUCUCACUGCAUCACUUGUCUCGCUGCUGCUGUCCGUGCUGCUGCUAACAGGUAUCCCGGUUUAUUGUUUCGGAGCUGAACGAGUGUGGAUUGUUUCUGGUCUGGCAGCUCAGGGAUUGGAGGAUGUUGCUCAUGAAAGUCUGGAGAGUGCAAAUCUAGUUCGUUCGCGCCGCUUGUUGCACAGGCCUCUGGGAGUUUGUGCAGCUCCUGGGCCCGUGUGUUCUGAAGGGGUGUUUGUGACUUGUGAGGUGGGAGGAAGAAGGGGAUGUUUGUGCGGUUUGAUCCACCAUUGUCAUCCCCAUGUUUCGGGCUGCUAUCUACACUCUGGAAGCAAUGUAACUCACUGUGGGUUUUAAACAAAGAAACAUAUUUAAGUAUUAAACAAAAUAUACAUUUUUGUUCUGUU